AUGGAUUUAAGAGUUGGUAAGAAGUAUAGAAUCGGUCGUAAGAUUGGUUCAGGAUCAUUUGGAGACAUUUAUCUUGGUACCAACAUCAUUUCAGGAGAAGAAGUUGCAAUCAAAUUGGAAAACACCAAGGCCAAGCAUCCACAGUUGGAGUAUGAAGCCAAGGUUUACAAGGCCUUGAGUGGAGGUGUUGGUAUCCCAUUCGUCAGAUGGUAUGGAACUGAAUGUGAUUACAAUGCUAUGGUGAUUGAUCUUUUAGGACCAUCCCUUGAAGAUCUUUUCAACUAUUGUAACCGUAAGUUCACCUACAAGACAGUUUUACUUUUGGCAGACCAACUUAUCUGUAGAAUUGAGUACAUCCAUGCUCGUUGCUUCAUUCAUAGAGAUAUCAAGCCAGAUAAUUUCCUUAUGGGGAUUGGUAGAAGAGGAUCGCAAGUGAAUGUGAUUGAUUUUGGAUUGGCUAAAAAAUAUAGAGAUCCUAGAACUCAUUUGCAUAUACCUUACAGAGAAAACAAAAACUUGACUGGUACUGCUAGAUAUACUUCAGUCAACACACAUUUGGGAAUUGAACAGAGUAGAAGAGAUGACUUGGAAUCCUUGGGAUAUGUGUUGAUUUACUUUUGUAGAGGAUCAUUACCAUGGCAAGGGUUGAAGGCUGCUACCAAGAGACAAAAGUAUGAUCGAAUCAUGGAAAAGAAAAUCACUACUCCAAAUGAUAUUUUAACUCAAGGAUUACCAAGAGAAUUUUUGGAUUAUAUGAAUUAUAUUAAAACCUUGAGAUUUGAUGAUAAGCCAGAUUAUUCUUAUUUAAGAAAGAUUUUCAGAGAUUUAUUCAAGAGAGAGAAUUAUCGAUAUGAUUAUGUUUUCGACUGGACUUUAUAUAAGUUCCAACAAGAGAAGCAAAGGGAGCAAUCCAAGAUUAACGGAGGUGAGCAACUGCAAGAACAACAAAUCCAACAAGUGCAGCAACAAGUCCAACAGCAACAACAAGGUCAACAGGGCCAACAACAAUCCCCAGUUCCACAGGGCCAAAUUGGACAACCACAAAUCCAGCAUCAAAUUCAACAACAACAACAACAACAACAACAUCCUCCACAACCAGUGCAACAACAACCACAACAUGUUCAACAAAUUCAACACCAACAAUUGCAACUGUCACAACAAAUACCUGGUCAACAGCCACUUCUGCAAAUUGAUGGACUCAAACAAUCAAGUCCAAUUUUGCUUCAACAAAGAAAACAACAACCUAUUAGAACCUAUCCAUCACCUGCACCAGCAUCCCAGAAUAAUCCAUCUUGGAUUUAG